UGUGGAAAGACCCUGGACUGGGCGACAGUCAUCCCCCAUCCUGAGACAUAGUCAAUCGUGUCUGUGUAAACACCUGGCCAGCUGAUAACACCGCCAAAAGACAAACCUGGGUGUCAGCUGUGGUGGUCUAACAUAGUUUAACCCACUGUUCUGUGUAGUACUGAUGCAGAAACUUUGCUAUUAAUAGAAUAGUGUAGGGGUAGAUCAUGUAGUUUGGGUGCCACAAAGUGACACGGUUCUGGAUUUGAGUCUUGUCCUUGGUUACUGUCUGUGACAUGUUUUGCAAAAUCUUCCUCCGUCUGCAUGGAUUCCUUCCACCUUCCCGAAACAGGCAAGGUUGUGUUACCCUAUUACAUCAAGGGUGUGUUCCUAAAGUGGACCCAAUGCUCUGGCUGACACUAGACUCACCACAACCCUGAUUAAAAUGAGGGUAUCAUUUUAGCAAACAUUUGAAGUACUCAAAUCCAGAGUGUGGCUCUUUCCAUUAGUGAAUAACACAUUCCGUUUUGAGUGGGUUGGUCCAGGUAACACACCUACACACCUGUCGUUAGGUGAGGACACGCUUUCACCCUGGCAACACAGCAGCACCCAUCAUACUCCAACAGCACGAGUGCAUUACACCUGUGCUGCGUUCCUGCUGUGUUUUCGGCUCCUCUGUACUCUCCGGCUCAUCUACAUCAGAGUGGAACUGCUGAUCCUGUGGUCAGACAGGUCGGAGAUGAUGACCCACAUAGCAAAGUCAGCAACAGGCAGCGAUGGUGCGGUGGAGAGCAGUCCAGCUGGAGAGAGUUUGGAGAUCUCAGGACAGUGUAUAGGACCACUACAAUCAACCCUCACCAACUAUGAUCAAAGGAGCGAGGAUUUUAGAAAGGCUUUCAAAGAUCUGGCCGAGUCUGAAAAACUUAUAGUAGAUUACAGCUGCGCUCUACAAAAGGAAAUUUUAUUACAAGGCCGCAUCUACCUCACAGAGAACUGGCUUUGUUUCUACAGUAACGUCUUCUGGGGAACAAAGAUUACGUUAAAUUUAAAAGAUGUUACGUCUAUGUCAAGGGAGAAAACAGCUCGACUGAUACCAAACGCCAUUCAGAUCUGUACCAACACAGAAAAGCUGUUCUUCACAUCUUUUUCUGCAAGAGAGAAAAGUUACCAGAACAUUUUUCGCCUAUGGCAGAAUUUACUGAUGGAGAAGCAAUUGACCAAACAAGAGCUCUGGCACAUAAUCAAACAGCAUUAUGGCAACGACUUGGGUUUGAGCAAUGAGGACAUGGAUGGAUUGCAACUAGCGGCAGACACAGCAGAACAAAACCAACCCAGCUUAAACAUGAGAGCAGAGGAUCACGCUGUAAAAUUGGAGAGGCCUGCUUCUCUCCGUCUUCCUCAGAUUGAACUUUCAUCGCACGACACCUCGACACCGCACGGAGACUAUACACAGUCGUCCAUCGGACUGCAGAGCACCCUCUCUCCAAAUGGGGAAGAUGUACGUAGCACACGCAGUCCCAACCUGUCCCUGGACCGCUUCAGCAACGAACGAGUGUCCAAGCGCUCGUCUUUGUCCUUGGACUUGAACGCCAAUGAGGACCGGCUCUUGGAUAACAGCUUAUCUGAUAGCAUGGAGGAAGUGGAACGAGAAUGUGCGUCCCAGACGUCCCAGGGCCGGCUGUACGUGAACAGGGUGUUUCGGAUCAGCGCUGAGAAAAUGUUCGAGCUGCUUUUUACUGACUCGUAUUUCACACACCGGUUUAUGGAUGCCAGGAAGAUUACGGGUGCAACCAGUAGCUCUUGGCAGAGGGAUGCCUCUGGGUCCAUGAAGAGGACUUUAAAUUACACCAUCACCAUCAGUAACCCACUCAUAGGGAAAUAUUCCACAGCAACAGAGAAUCAGACUCUGUAUAAGGAAUCUAGAGAGGGGCACUAUUAUUUGGUCGAGUCUGAGGUCUUCACGCAUGACGUCCCUUACCACGACUACUUCUACACCAUGAACCGCUACUGUAUUAUCCGCAACUCGAAGCACAAGUGUAGACUCAGAAUUUACACUGAUGUGAAGUACAAGAAACAGCCUUGGGGAUUUGUGAAGUCUUUUAUCACCAAGAACUCCUGGAGUGGAUUGGAGGAUUAUUUUAGACAUCUUGAAUCAGAGCUUCUUGAAGAAGAGGCAGAACUGACCCAAGGGUCCAGCGAUGCUGGGAAGGCUGGCAUGCGCAGAAGACGGAGGACCUUCAGUCGAACGCUGCAGGAUCACAUGAGGCCUGGCAGGCAGUACGGUGCAGACACGGAGCAGCGUAGAGAAAGCACCAUGGGUCCAGUGGAUAUGAAAAGCACACCAAAGUGGAACAUCACUUCCAUCAUAGCAGGAAUGAGUCUGAUUUUGUUAAUUCUGACUGUAUUGAACCUGGGGCUGUUCUUCAAAUUAUGGGCGAUGGAGGACGUGGCUCAUCGUUUGUACUUGAGCACCAAGCAGCGCAUGAGGGAGAGAGCUGAGACUAGUUUGCCAUCUGACCUGGGCCCCAGACAGACUACAUUCCACAGAAGCCAAGAGGAGACACGAUUACUGAAAGCAGUGCUCAAGGACUCCAUAAACCUACUUGAACAGUUACGUAACUCUCUGGUGGUGCUGCAGCAGAACUUUCGAAGUCAAAAUAAGACCUCUACACACCUAUAAUACGCUGCCUAGCGACCCUGGAGUAUUCAGGAAUUCAUGUGGCUUUGUCUGCAUCAUGGCGUUGCUAUAUACCCGGGUCCUCCAGAGAGGCUUUUUUUGCCACUGGGUUUUACCAUCUCAGGUGUUCAGUGCCUUGGUAUCGAGUGGUGUGAAGAGAUCCGUGUUGCCGUAGGGCCCUCCCUCCAGGCCUGUUUCCCCUGUGGAUGAGCAGCUCGGAGUACAUUUUAAAUUCACUGGUGCCUUUUCACUUUUGAUGAUGGUACAAAUGCCUGUAGUCAUCUUCCUUAAUAACUGAGCGUGUUCUGUGUUGGCCUGUUGAUUUGCACAGCAAAUCCUAAAUCUCAGACGGUCAUCAGUGUGUGCGUGUGUGUUUAUGAAGCAACCAUGAUUGUAGAAAUGUUCCGUUAUAGCACUGAUAACACGGCUAUGACCGAGUGCUAGUAAAGUGUUUACCAUGUUGGUAAAUUGCCAAUGGUUUAAAAAAAACUUUUGAUGUUUUGAUAUGUUUGGAUUGCACCUUCAUGAUUGCACCUUCAUGAUUGCACCUUCAAGCACUGAAUGUUGAAUGCAACAGAUUUUAGUACUAGCAGGUACCUUGUCUGGUGUUUUUAGGCCUUUGCAAUAUUUUAUGUUCUUCUGGAGGAAUACCUGUAUAGUGAAUUUAAUUUGUUUAUAUAUCAGUGCAAUGGGUAUGCAUAAUUCUAGCUGAAUUCUAUUUUUUUUAUUUCUUUAAUGUUUACACUACGUUUUGAUGUAAUUUAUAAUUGUACAUAAUGCCACUCGGACCUGCAGAUGUGUAAACAUUUAAAGCUGCUGUGUGUAACUUUUGAGGUUAAUGAAGUCUGUAAAGCAAAAACAACUUUUAAAUAUUGCAUUUAAGUGAUAUUUUAAUCAACGUGGAAUGCCUAAAAUAUUCUAAACAAUGUCAGAAGGAUGUCAUAACCAAAUGCACUACUUAAAUAUUGCUUAAACAUGUACUGACCUGUGUCUUGACCUAGUGGACCACAGGACUCUUAACUCCUCAGAAGUUACAUACUGCAGCUUUAACUUGAAGCUAAUCUUAAACUGUGAGAAACCUUUACGAACCCUUUCAGGAAACGACGCACAUUUUCUUCUCUCAUGUAUAAAUAAUUUUAAUAAAUUGUGUAAUGUCUAUUUAUGCCUUAAAUAAAAGCCCUAUUGAAGGGAAUCAGCCA